GCUAGAAUUAAUUAAACUUAGAGAAAAUGAAGUUUCCAAUUGUUUCAUUACUCAUUUUGUUGUCAGCUUCAUGGACAAUUUCACUUCCAACUCAAGAGAGUUUUUUGCAUUGCCUGAAUACUAAUUCUCAGAUUUCUGUUCCUCUCUCAGCCUUUUGCAGCCCAAACAAUUCUUCAUUUUCCUCAAUCCUGCAAUCUUCUGCUCAAAAUCUCAGGUAUUUGGAGCCUUCAAAGCCGAAACCUGAGUUUAUCUUCACACCUUUAUAUGAAUCCCAUGUCCAGGCAGCUGUUAUUUGCUCCAGGGAGCUUGGAAUUCACAUGAGAGUCCGCAGCGGAGGCCAUGACUAUGAGGGCCUCUCUUAUGUCUCAGAAAUAGAAACGCCUUUUAUCGUUGUAGACCUCGCGAAGCUUCGAUCCAUUAGCGUUGAUAUUCCUGAUAACAGCGCCUGGAUUCAGGCCGGUGCCACAAUUGGUGAAGUCUACUACAGAAUUUCAGAGAAAAGCAACACUCAUGGCUUUCCUGCCGGUCUUUGUCCAAGUUUAGGCGUCGGGGGGCACAUCACUGGAGGGGCUUAUGGCUCCAUGAUGAGAAAAUAUGGCCUUGGAGCUGACAAUGUCAUUGAUGGUCGAAUCAUUGAUGUUAAUGGCAAGAUUCUCGACCGCGCAGCCAUGGGAGAAGACUUAUUUUGGGCCAUAAGAGGAGGUGGAGGAGCAAGUUUUGGAGUCAUUCUUUCCUGGAAGAUAAAACUUGUUCCUGUGCCACCAAUUGUAACCGUUUUUACAGUUACAAAGUCCCUGGAAGAAGGUGCCACAAAGACUCUCUACAGAUGGCAACAGGUUGCUGAUAAGCUUGAUGAAAAUCUCUUCAUUAGAGUUGUCAUUCAAGUGGCUUCAAGCACAGUAAAAAAAGGCCAAAGAACUGUCACAACCUCAUACAACGCCUUGUUUCUCGGUGGGGCUGACAGACUUCUCCAGGUUAUGCAACAGAGUUUUCCUGAAUUGGGAUUAACUCGAAAGGAUUGUAUCGAAACGAGCUGGAUCAAGUCUGUGCUAUACAUUGGAGGCUAUCCAAGCAACACACCACCAGAAGUUUUGCUUCAGGGGAAGUCUACAUUCAAGAACUAUUUCAAGGCCAAAUCAGACUUUGUCAAACAACCAAUUCCUGAAACUGCACUGGAAGGCCUAUGGACAAGGCUACUUCAGGAAGAUUCUCCAUUGAUGAUAUGGAACCCAUAUGGAGGGAUGAUGAGCAAAAUUUCGGAAUCCGAAAUCCCAUUUCCUCACAGGAAGGGAACCCUUUUCAAAAUCCAGUAUGUGAGUCUGUGGGAAGAUGGAGAAAAAAAUGCAGCAAGGCACAUGGACUGGAUCAGGAAGUUGUACAAUUACAUGGCUCCUUAUGUGUCACAGUUUCCCAGGGAGGCUUAUGUGAAUUACAGGGAUCUUGAUUUGGGGAUGAACAAGAAAAGUAACACAAGUUUUGUUGAGGCUAGUGCUUGGGGUGCCAAGUAUUUUAAAGAUAAUUUUAACAGAUUGGUGAGAGUGAAGACUAAAGUUGAUCCUGAUAAUUUCUUUAGGCAUGAGCAGAGCAUUCCUCCACUUCCUGUGAAGUAAUUCUAGGAAGCACUUCUAGGUUGAUUGGCAGUGUAAUUCUAAGUAGUU